GUGUACUGUCGUCCCGUUUCGGUCUACCCAAUAACCCCAGACGGGCCACAGCGGGAGAUGGAUAGCCAAGCCGCAAGGCGGGACGAUGCGAGACCUGCAUAAAGAGGAAUGAAAUGCAUGCAUAUGGCUGGCUGCCGGUCUCAUACCUGCAGGUCGCUCCUUCGGCCGCCGAUCCUUCAACCCCGCGGGGCUUGCGGCUGGAGUUGACAGCGGGAUACCAUGGGUUAGGCGAGGGUAUCUAUUUUCCGCGAGAUUCGUCAGACAGGAUACGGUAUCUGAUCCGUUAUGAGGUCCACGACGGCAUAUGUUGCAAGUUUGAUGAAGGCCACAAUCCUUCGUCUUGUCUUGUGGGUUUCCUUACCACUGUUUGCGAGCUACUCACUUGUCUCUACUCAUUCUUCCAAGGACACCCAGGCAUCAUGCAGUUGAACGAAAAGAUGGCCUCCUUGGCCGUAGUUGACUACGAAGCUCUAGCAACGAAAGAUGUUGGAGAGAUUAAGAGGCUCGUGGAAGCUUGUGAGACGGCAGGUUUGUUCUACUUGAAACUUUGGGAUACCAGGGCGAGUGCUGUGUUUGAAAAUGUGCCAGUCCUUUUCAAAACUGGGCAAGAUUUCUUCCAUCUUCCUUCUGACUCUGAAGAAAAGACACGAAGUCUGUGUGAGGGAAUGGAGAGAGGAUACCAUGUUUUCAAGGGUUUCGAAUACUACGAGAUUGCACGAGACGAGUAUUAUAACGGCAGCUGGGUCUUACCUUCGUCCUUGGAGACACAAAAGGAGCGCAUUACCAAAACAAUGAAUCUUUUUCAUGGCGCCAUGCAAACGAUUCUCGCGGAGCUAUGUGCUGCUCUUGACAUCACCACUCUCGAGCUGACUGACGACCCUACAGUCCCCAGCGACACAGGUCUUAAGCUAGUACACAAGUCUCCUCUGGAUGAGCCCGGCCAAGUUAUGCAGCCGUGGCAUACUGAUACCGGUCUGAUCACGAUGCUCUGGUACGACAAGGUCAUGGCCCAGAUACCAUUGCGCGACCAGGAUGGGAAGCAAACAGAGGAUGCGGAGACGAUCCCGGUCAGAGACGGGUGUGUCUUGGUCAAUAUUGCCGAUGAGCUUGCUGCCAAAUCGGGUGGACGGUUACAUUCGCCUGUGCACCGUGCCGUUAGUCCACCAGGGGAGGUGAGAGUAUGGGAUGGCCUUGUGUAUCUCCUCCGUCCGUAUACAGUCUAG